AUGGCAGCUCCGAUUCCAUGCUCAAAUUUGAAGACAGCCGGCAUUGUGGUCGCGGUUGUAGAGGUGGUGUUGUGUAUAUUAGCAGCAUGGGGACUCUCGAGCAAUUUCGUCCGUUUCGGCGGCUCUUAUUUCAUUUGGUGGUUGAUUGGCAUCAUCUCGGUGGUGAUUCUAUUGUUGGCGAUCGCAUUGAUGCUGUACGCGAUUUGUCGCGAGAACUCGCGCUGGAUGAUCCCACAUCUUUCGGCACAAAUUUUCCUGAUUCUUUUCCUUGUCGUCGUCGUUAUCAUCGUCACCUUUUUGCUGAUAUUCCAGGCGUAUCGCGGAAUCCGGAAUCUCCUCGGCAUCACCGACUAUUACAUGAACAAUGAUUCCACUGUCGUGCUGGGUGUUUUGCUCAUCGUUAUCAAUCUGGUGGUCGCCAUUUUGGAGUGUUUCUUCUUGUUUAUCUGCUGGAAACUUUACAAACAACUUCAACAGUACGAGGCACUCCGCAAGGGAUAUCCGUCGGACAAUUUGAAGAGGAGCCACUGGACAACCGUCGGUAAAUGGCCAGUCGACGAUAAACACGGCUCACCGGACAUGGGUCACCUCUACCUGUACAAUCAGGAAAACGCUGAGAAUUCGGGCUACGGCUACAACGACGAGACUCCACUCUACAGUAACCAGCAGUCAAGACGUUUU